CCCUUGCCCCGCCCCUUCCUGGGCGGUGCGCUGACGAUCAAGGUUUUCGCGCAUUUGAUUUGGCGGCGCUGACGCGCAAAGGCCUCGCUGAUUGGUGCCGAGGAAAUCUGUCCCAUAGAUGCCCGCGAGGCGCACAGUUUUCGUCGAGCGUCUGUUUCCCGCCGGCUGCAGGUUUUGGGCCGUCAACAUGGUGGACGUCUUGGAGUUGCCCAGGUCGCGCAUCAACGCCAGCAUGCUAGCUCAGUUCAUCGACAAGCCCGUCUGCUUCGUAGGGAGACUGGAAAAGAUUCAUCCCACUGGAAAAAUAUUUAUUCUUUCAGAUGGAGAAGGAAAAACUGGAACCAUCGAGUUGAUGGAGCCUCUUGAAGAAGAAAUCUCUGGAAUUGUGGAAGUGAUUGGAAAAGUGACACCCAAGGCAACCAUCAUGUGUACAUCUUAUAUCCAGUUCAAAGAAGAUAACCAUCCUUUUGAUCUUGGACUUUACAAUGAAGCUGUGAAAAUUACCCACGAGUUCCCUCAGUUUUAUCCUGUCGGGAUUGUGCAACAUGACUGACCUCAAUGCAUUUUCUUAUUGCAAAUGAGCUACAUUGAAGGAGGCCCCUCUUGUUUGAGGGAUAGAUCGCUAUGGUUUCUAAUAUUUAAUUUCCAUUUCUAAAAAUUUUAUUCACCUGACUAAAUAUUCCAGUCUGUAGUUUUAGAUGGGACCUGGUCUGUGGACUGUUCUCACGUAAGCCUUUAGAAAAGAAUCAGAUUGGAUGCAAGAAAAGAGCGAUUUUCUGAGUUUAGGUUUCUGCUUUGUUAGUAAAAAUUUCAAUGGUACAUGCUGUUGGUUAUUGCAUUUUUAUUCUUUUAGUCGUGUAUUUAAGCACAAACUUGGAAUUUCAUAGCUAUAACGUUAAGACUUAGACCCACUAAAUGAAACCUUGGACCAACUGUGUUGAGGAUUUUCUCCCAAGCUACACCAUGGUAACUACUUCCUUGAUGUUCUACUUAAAAAAGUACAUCUAAUGAAUUAAAAGUGCAAACAGAA